GCUUAUUGUACCUGAGCUCAUGCGUGGAUCGGGCCGCUCCAUUGGUUCUGGAUGGUGAUUUGGUUCUUGAUCAGUGGGUGAAUGGUGGCUCGGCGCUGAUCCGGAGGUUCUGACUGGUUCCGGAGCUGCAGGGCGACUCUGCCGAUCCUCCGCUGGGCGUCCGGAUUUCACCUUCAGGUUUCUGAUGAUCUGGUUUGGAUCUCCAGAUGGAUAAACUGUGACCUCGUCAUCUUUUCCUCCAUAGUCCUCGUCUCAGCCUAUGGCUGUGUAGUUACCUGAGCAGAGUCUCCUCAACCCGAACGCAACCGCACUACAGCAGUGCCGACAUCAUGCAUAAACAAGUGGAGGUCCGAAUGCACGAGAGUGAGCUAGAACCCCCGGUUCCUCCCCCAGAACCUGCAUGUGGAGGCAUCUGUGAUAAACUCAUGAAGCACCUGCUGCUCACGCUCACGGUUCUGGGUGUGAUUGCAGGUUCUGCAGCUGGUGUUCUCCUGAGAUAUGCGUCUCCACUUCCUCCUGACAUCAUCAUGGUCAUUGCAUUUCCCGGUGAUAUUCUCAUGAGAAUGCUGAAAAUGCUGAUUUUGCCUCUAAUCAUCUCCAGCUUAAUCACAGGCCUGGCCGGAUUGGACGCUAAGUCGAGCGGGCGUCUCGGUACGAGAGCGAUGGUGUACUACAUGACUACCACCAUCAUCGCCGCGGUGCUGGGGGUGAUUCUGGUGCUGGCCAUCCACCCUGGCAACCCCAAACUGAAAGCUAAUCUUGGGGAGGGGAAGAAGAACGAUGAAGUUUCCAGUUUAGACGCUUUCUUCGAUCUGAUCAGAAAUCUCUUUCCAGAGAAUCUGGUGCAGGCGUGCUUCCAGCAGAUCCAGACUGUUAGUAGUAAAGUGGAAAUAGCUCCGCCUCCUCCUCCUCAUCCAAACCGAUUCGGACGAAACACCACAAAGGGUGCAGCGAAAUAUAUCGUCAAGAAGACUCUUCAGUUCAAGAGUGGCAUGAACGUAUUAGGUCUGAUCGGGUUCUUCGUGGCGUUUGGGAUCAUUAUGGGGAAGAUGGGAGAGAGAGCUCGGCUGAUGCUGGACUUCUUCAACGUCCUGAACGAAAUCGUGAUGAGGCUCGUCGGGAUGAUCAUGUGGUAUUCUCCCGUGGGCAUCGCGUGUCUGAUCUGUGGGAAGAUCAUAUCGAUUAAUGAUCUGGAGGUGGUGGCGCGGCAGCUGGGGAUGUAUAUGGUUACUGUCAUCGUGGGGCUCAUCAUCCACGGGGGAAUCUUCCUCCCGCUGAUUUAUUUUAUCAUCGUCCGGCAAAACCCAUUCACCUUUUUUAUGGGGGUGUUUCAGGCCUGGGUCACUGCGCUGGGAACAGCAUCCAGCGCUGGAACGCUGCCGGUUACUUUCCGCUGUCUGGAGGAGAAUCUGGGUAUUGAUAAGAGAGUUACGAGGUUUGUGCUUCCUGUUGGUGCCACCAUCAACAUGGACGGUACGGCUCUUUAUGAAGCAGUGGCGGCCAUCUUUAUCGCUCAGAUGAACGGAGUGCAGCUGGAUCCUGGUCAGAUUGUUACAGUCAGUCUGACUGCUACUCUAGCGAGUGUAGGAGCGGCCAGUAUUCCCAGUGCUGGACUGGUCACCAUGCUGCUGAUCCUCACUGCUGUGGGACUGCCCACCCAGGACAUCAGUUUACUGGUAGCAGUGGACUGGUUACUGGAUCGUUUCCGGACGUCGGUGAACGUGGUGGGCGACUCGUACGGUGCGGGAAUCGUCUACCACCUCUCUAAAGACGAGCUGGACAUGUUCGACGCCCAGCAGAUGAGAGCGGACGAGUACGAGAUGACCAAGACUCAGUCCUUCUACGAGAACAACACCAACCACGGCGUCUACGUCUCGCGCAACUCCUGCCCUCAGGUCCUGAUGAAAGAUGACUGCAAGGUAACCUUGGCCCAAAACGGUUCCCCUGCGGAUUUCUCUCUUGUUGAGGAGGAACCUUGGAGACAGGAUUAACACAGCACACAGAUCCAGCUCCGCCUUAUCCCGAGUCCCGCGAGCUUAUUCCUCCUGCUGAAAACAGACCAACCAAUGCAAACGCUUUACACUCUUUACACUCUUUACACUAUUUUACCACACAGACGUCAAACAGCCUCUGUUCUCACGCACAGGAACGGACAGUCACGUGACGGUCGCAGUCUUCUCCACGUGGCGGAGAAUGAGAAUGUAGCUUGGAGCCCUCGACACUCGAUCAGUGGUUGUUAGCUGGGUAAAGGGGGGCGGGGCUAGAGAUUCGGGCUCCGUUCUACAAGCCUUACCUGAGAAAAACUGAGAAAACAGAUAAAAGCACAACAUCCACCCCCGAUUCCAGCCUGAUCUAAAAUACAGAGCUUUUUUGAGAUGUUGUAAUGGACAGAUGAGCGUAGCAGUGAAUGUGUGCUGUGGUCAGGUGGCCUUGCAUCUUCUUGUUCUUGUUUAUUUGAUCAUUUAAUGUAACUGGGGGAUUUGGGGGGGAUUUUGGGUUACAGAGCUUCAAUCUGAAAUCAGCUGCUUUCCAGUAACGCACCACGGCCCAAACCCAAUUCACAUUUGUACCCUACCUUUUUGUAUUUUAGCAUCAGUCUCGAGAGGUUAACAUGACAGUUACCCAGAUAACCAAUUAACCUUCUCUCUUAUAGCAUUCAGGUGACAUCACUGUAACGUCACUUGCGUCUAUACUUUUGGGAAUGAAGUUUCCAUAAUUCCAGUAUUUAAACUUUCGCUAACACUUUCUCUGAAUGUCAUCUCUAUUAGGCUCUAUAACUACAUUAAUAACAUUAUAAUACAAUAAUAAGGCAUUAUAAACGUGGCUAUAAAUAUUUAGAUAAAUGCAUAACUCAUUAUAGCCAUAUUUAAUAAGCAUUAUGACUUGACUUGAUCAUAAUACAUUAUAAGCUAUAUAUCUAUCAUUAAUAGUCUAGUCCCACAAUGAAAGUCUGUCACUUUACUUAGAGUGCACAAUGACCUGUUAUAAUAUAUAAUAAAAUUUUAUUUCCUGUUCCACCUUAUAUCGGGAAUAGCCUGCUAGUGCACUGCUAAUGCUAACUGCUGCUGCACUAUUUAAGGUGGAACAGGAAAUUUAGCUGGCUAUAGUCCUAGAUGUACUACUAAACACACUUUUAUUUUAGAAAACUAAAUAUGGCGGCUUUCAAAAUGGCGGUCAGGUUCAAGACAUUGCAUAAAAGAUAGGCCCUCUUAACCUUUACUUGCUUUAUUUUAUUUUUACUUGUAUUCAUAUCAGGCGUUUUCCCUUUAGUUUUUUAAAUAAAAGGACAUCCUGAGACUAUUGACUUAAUCUGUACUAUAUAAUGCAAAGCUUAUUCUUAUCAUUGAUAAACCUUCAUUAGAAGAAUUUGUAUUCCCAAAACUUUGCCCAACCCUUCCAACCUCACAAAAUUCAGAAAAUUCUAAAUGGUAGGGUUAAGAUGUGAAAUGGGAUUGGGCCCAAGUCAAAGUGCUCCCCCCCUAAAGCUCCCUCUAUAGGCUCCCUAUAGCACUGCUGCUCCAAUCACAGUCACCCUAGAGUCCAAAUCACCGGCAGGUACCGCUCACUGACCCGACACCGGUUCUACUGAGAGGUUAAACAGAACACAGGACCACCGCUUGUUUGCAGGAGCUCAGUUUGACAGGCUUGGCUUAGUUGGAUUAACCCUUGGUGGCAGAACUCAAGAUCAGCCUCUUACUGUAAGAGCUUCCCAGCGUCGCCUCCGACUGCUGACGCUUAUUUUUAGCUGCUGGUCGACGCAAACGCCACGUAAGCAGUUAAACAGUACGAGAAACAGUGUCUUUUUCCACACGGAGACAGCGCUGAGGCAAAGCUAAAGAGUAGCCAAUGGGAAGGGUUGGUCCAAAGCAUCUCCGUGCAUGCUCACCUCCGUCUGCAGGUCACGCGUAUGUUCUGUGUGCUUUGUUUGAUGUUUAUUUAUUUUAUUUGCUAAUGAAAAACCUUGCCUUGAAAACAUCAAUUCAAUCAAUUCAGUCAAUUGCAAACAAUUGUGCAAAAAGCUACGACAUUAACUAAGCUUUUAUAAAAUACGUAAAUUCUCAGUACAGACCCUCUAAAGAGAGGGGUCCUAAACAAAAUAGACCAAUGAAGUCGGCCGUCAUUCUGUAGUUCUUGCUGGAACUCUGUGACUAACCUCUAUUUUCAAUGGUAUAAAUGAAUGGGGUUUAAGAGUCUGAUCCAGAGGUAGGCAGCCACCAGCACCCAAUCACAAAUUGACUUGUGGGUUUUAACACCAUUGAGCACGAGGUAGAAGGGUUAGGUGAAGGUUAUGUAAAUAGUCUGGUGUAGGAUCUGCAAAUGAAGCUGUUAAAUUUGCCGUAAACUCAAAAUAUCUUACGCUGUAGGCUGAUGUUUAAACAGCAGAAGUAUAUUAGCCUGCUCUGCUGCAUAGGGCGCUCGCACAGGAAUCACAAUUGGCAGUGCACUGACUCAGAAGGCAGAAAUAUAAACUUUAGACUAAAGAUGUAAAAUACGCUAAACUAAUGCUACUGCUCACUGAAUUUACACUUUUAUACCUUUUUAAACACUUUUGUGGUCAUCCUUAAAGUGAUACAACAUCUAAAAUCAGAAUCUGAAUCUGAAUCACACAUACAAAAAAAAUUGGCUUGAUGAGAGCAACACUGAUAUAUGACAUUUAACAGUUACAUUUAACAGACUAUUGACAAACAUUGCACUACUACAAUAAACAAUAAAUAAAAUAAGAAUAUAGUUAAAAGCACUAAGUAAUAAUAAUGAAAGAGCACUAAAGAGUAAUGGAAGCUAAGAGAUAAACAAAAUGAAAAAAAAAUAAAAAUGAAAAUCAGAACUGUACACAUAUCAGAGAUAGAAUCUAAAGCGUGGUUCUCUAGUUACUGAGAUUAAUGAAAUGUAACUAUUACAUUUUAAAUAAUUAUUAUAGCAUUAGCUUACAGCUUAUAGCAUGUAGCAAUUUUCAUUUUUUGGCUCCUAAACAGACAAUUAUUUCAGAGGAUCCAGUGAUGUUCAAAAGAAAAAUGCACAUAAAACUAAAUAUUUAGUUUUUUUUAGGGUAUAUUCAGAGUUUUAUCACAACAUUUGACAAUGGCAUUUUUUUUAAAACCCCAUUAAUUUCUGCCAUCGAUAAUUCAGUUUGGACCCAGAGCGCCAACUACAGGCACAACAGCGUGGUGCCAACUGCAAAACGACGGCCUGCCUAUUCGUAGCACAGUUCAAGCUCACAGUUUUUGUCUAAGUGGUGAAAUUUGGUCAGAAUUAGAUUUUUUGCAGUAUUGCAGAAAGGCGCUCGCAUCUUCAAGUGCUGCUGCUGAUUAAAGAAGUGAAGAAAUAAAACUUGAUCUCAGAAUCUGGCGAAGAAAAAAACGAAUAACUUUCACUUCUCUUUUGCACCAGAAUCUUACUUUUUAUAUUAAAGUGCCUCCUAGCACUUUGUGUGUAUAUGUAUCAUUCACUAGAUCUAGAGUUUCUGUCAGCUAAUAUAUAAAUAUACACAUAUAUGUAUUAUCAACAUUCUGUCUCUGAUUUUGUAACCUGGUAGUCAGCUGUUUGCUAAUUGUUUAAAAAAACAUAGAGAAGUCAUGUAUAUGUACACUCUAUGAGCACUUUAUUGGUGUCAGAAGUGGUGGAAUGAGGAUUUCGAGAACUGCUGAUCAGCGAACAGCAGAAGAGCUGAUUGGGUUUCAUUUAUAUCAGUUAAGAACAGAAAGCUGAGGCUGCAGUAAAGCUGAGUAGAGCUAAGCUAACAGUCCAAUAAAUCAUUUAAGUGUUUACAUCACUGGGGCUUCAUAACUGAGUCGUUUCUCUGGGUAAAAACAUUCUGGAUGUUUCAACAUUUGGGAUUAAACAUGUUUUUUAAAUUAAUAUAAGUCUGGUGUAGUUCAAUUUGCCGUAAACUCAGGAUAUCUUACGCUGUAGGCUGAUGUUUAAGCUGCAGAAGUGUAUUAGCAUGCUCUGCUGCGUAGGGCGCUCGCACAGGAAACACCUUUAAGUGCAUUGACUCAGAAGGCAGAAAUAUAAACUAUAUAAACUAUAAGUCUUUAUGUAUAAACUAAAGAUGUAAAAUACAUGUAAACUAAUGCUACUGCUCACUGAAUUUACACUUAAAUACCUUUUUUAACACUUUUGUUGUCAUCCCUAAAGUGAUACAACAUCUAAAAUCAGAAUCAGAAUCACGCAUAAAAAAUUUGGCUUGGUGAGAGCAACACAUAUUUAACAUUUACUGAACAUUUAAAUGAAGCAGUUAAAUACACCGUAAACUCAGAAUAUCUUACGCUGUAGCCUGACAUUUAAGCUGCAGAAGUAUAUAAGCUAUAUAAGCAUGCUCUGCUUAUAAAUGAAUAUAAGUAAACACUUUUUGUGUUGUGUUUGUAACACAAAGUAAAGAAAGAUGGAGGCCUGGAAAUGGAUUGAGGCAAAGUUGUUAAUCAGCAGAACUUUAAAGCAAUGUUUCCAACAUCUGCUUAAAUUCACGCUUUGAGAAAUUAAGAGAUUUAAAAGCGAAAAUAGGCCGCAACCAGUAUUAUAUUGACGUAAAUAUAAUUAAUGCGUUCCUAAUAAAGUGCUCAGUGAGUGUAGAUCUGCAUGCCGAUAGAUUUAUUGUCAUUUUAUUGGUUUAGAUUAUUGCAGGUUUUAUUUUUUUUGUGUAGCUGUUCAACUAUACUCUAUAUGCAUCCAUUAUUCUGUUAUUUUGUUUAUUUCCGAACAAUUAUUUAUAUGGUUCACGAUGUUAAUGAUGAUUCAUCUCAGGUAAAGAAAAAAACUUGGUUGGGAAAAAUGAAGUACUGUUAAAGACUGUUGUGAUAAUAAUAUUUAUAAUAAUAACUAUAAUAUCAUUUUUCACUUUGACUCUUUGAACUAUGAUGGUGUAUAACUGUGUUUUACUGUAUUUUAUUUUUUGGGAAUUGAGUGUUCUGUAUGUUAGGGUUUGUUAUAAUGACACUUAGGGGAAAAAGUCAAAUUUCUGAUUAUAUAUAUAUACUGUAUAAACGCAGUGUAUUAUAAAGCAGCGUAAUCCUGAUCUCCUCACUGUUCCAGUUUAACACAGGUCUCAGAGUGUAAACAGUCGGGAUGUGUGUAUUAGAUUCUGUGUAAAGUAUGUUAAUGUGUGUACUGUGAUUGGUUAUGGGUGUUCAGGCGGGGCCUGAUGCGAUAACCCAGUUUUCUGUGUGUUGAGAAUUUUAUUCCUAUGUUUUAUUCAGUAAAUGUAUGUAUAAAUAUAUAUAUUUAUUGUUUUUAAUGUGACGUCACGGUCACUUUGUGCUACCCUGUUUUAUUGCAGAUGUUGAAGUCAUGAUAAUGUACUUGCACACCAAGAUUCACUUUUUCAAUUUGUCUUUUUCCUCUAUUUUUCUAUGGAUGCUUAUGAUCAAUUGUAAAUAAAGGAAAUAUUGUAUGUA